UUUUGAGCAACCGCAUCGGCUAUUGCUUCGCUUUUUUUCAUUCAAAUAAUAGGAUAUAACUUAUAUGAUCCGGGAUUAUUGCAGCAUUAUUUGAUUCAUUCAAAUAGCAGGAUAUCAUGUAUCAGAAUAAAUGGAAAUAAUAUUCAAAAUAUAUGAGAUUAAUUGGAGCCAUCUUUUCUUUCUUUUUGCGUCCUAGAUUUUGAAAGCUCAAAAGUAUAAAUAAGAGGAAUUCACAACAAACAAGUAUAGAAGUUAGCAGUGGUGAACAACAUUCCGGCAUUGAAGAGCAUCUUUAGCAUGGUUUUAAAUUGCGGCUGCGUGCGGGAGUUGCGGAUGCGGCUAAUACGGUUACUGUGAUGCGAAUUGCGGCUGCGUGCGGGUGUUGCGGAUGCGGCUAAUACGGUUGAUGUGAUGCGAAUUGCGGCCAUUGCGCUCAUUUGUUUAGAAUGGAGCGAGAUUGGGCAAAUUUAGAAGCGCUUGCACUCAGUUUAAUUCUUGAUAAGUUAUAUGAAAGGGUUGAUCAAAUCUGGUUUGGUGCUGUGUGCAAGAAUUGGCUGUCAGUUCUAAAGCUUAACCAUCAAAAUCAUCCGUUGAGAAAUAAUGUAUUACCCAUGCUUAUGAUCCCAAAAACAAACCUAUGUUUGUAUGGCAUUUCAUCCAACACAACAUAUGAAUUUCAAUUUCCAAUUCCUUAUUAUGAUAACUGUUGUGGAUGUAGCCAUGGAUGGAUUACAACAAUCCAUACAAAAUACCAUGCAUACUCUGAUAUGGAUAUAUUCAUGGAUAUAUUCAUAACUAUGUUUAAUCCUUUUAAGAGUGUUUCUCCUAUUACUCUUCCACCUCUCAGAACAUGUCCUGAUUAUUAUGAAGGACUAUUGCCUAAGGUUACUCUUUCUGCUGACCCUAUAACAAGCCCAAAUGAUUACGUAGUUGCAGUAAUCUAUACAAAGUGGAGUCGUCUUUCAAUUUUAAAAUCGGGGCAAACCAGUUGGACUUAUAUCGGCAAUUACAAUUUGACGGAUGUCAUAGUUUUGGGAGAUUUCUUUUAUGUUUUGACUCAAGAAAAACGUCUAUUAUCCUUCAAUCUUAGUUACUUAGAUGACCCUGAUCGCGCAAAGACGAUAAGUCCAAGUCCGGUUCAUGGUAUUGGGUUUCAUAAAGAUUUGAAAUGUUAUCUUGUCAAGUCAUUAGAGGGAGAUGUAUGGUUGGUGAGAAAGUUUUUGAGUGACUCCGAUCAUAAUGGAUUGAUAAAAUUUGAAGUGUACAGGUUUGAAUUCGAAUUUCAAAGGAGAAAGGUUAAGCAAUUGGUGAAACUUGAAAGUCUCGGAGACAAUGUUUUAUUCGUAGGAGAAUGCGAUUCGAUUUCUGCAUCAGCUUCUCAUUUCUCUGGUAGUUUGAAACAAGAUUCUAUCUAUUAUAUUAACAAGGUUAAACCUUAUACGCCAUUUCAUCAGUACUGUGAACCAUUCAAUGUGGUAAUAUAUAAUGUAAAAGAUGAAAGCAUUUGUCAUCAGAAUCCAGAAUAUUCUUUUGUCAGACACAUGCCUACUCCUUGCUGGGUUUUGAUGCCUCUUCAAUGAGAAUAGUAGGUUUAACAUUUUCUUGUAUUUUAUUCAAUGACAUAGUUUUCCAUGUUUCUUCAUUGUUGUAAUUAUAUUGAUAUUUAAA